GUUGCACCAGCUGAGGAGCAAAUUAUUUUUUCCGUAAGAAAGUUAAUGAGGUGUUUAAGAACGUGGUCGCAUUUAACUGCAUGAUACGUAUCACAAAUUCCCGUUUGUAUUUUGAAUUGCAUAAAAGAAAACCCGGAUUCAUCGGAGCUUGUGUGUCUGUGUGAGGAAAUCUGGAGGAAGUUACCUGUGGUCAGAAACUUGUUUUGGCUGGGAGACACAAUGGAUGAAGAACCAGAGAGAGCCAAGCGCUGGGAAGGGGGCUACGAGAGGACAUGGGAGGUACUGAAGGAGGACGAAUCAGGCUCACUCAAAGCCACAGUGGAAGACAUUCUGUACCAGUCCAAACGGAAAAGGGUGAUAGAGAGCCAUGGACAAGUGAGGCUUGGAAUGAUGCGUCACCUGUAUGUGGUGAUUGACUGUUCACGAAGUAUGGAAGACCAGGACUUGAAACCAAACCGGCUCACCUCUGCUCUGAAGCUCAUGGAAGCAUUUGUUGAUGAAUAUUUUGACCAAAAUCCCAUCAGCCAGGUUGGUAUUAUCACCACAAAGAACAAAAGGGCUGAGAAGCUGACUGAUCUGGCAGGAAAUCCAAAGAAGCACAUUGCUGCUCUGAAGAAAGCAGUAGACACUGUUUGUGUAGGAGAGCCAUCUCUGUAUAAUUCCCUCAACCUGGCCGUACAGACCCUGAAGCAUAUGCCUGGACAUACAAGCCGGGAGAUCCUGAUAAUCCUCAGUAGCCUCACCACAUGUGACCCAGGCAACAUCUAUGAGCUGAUCAAGACCCUGAAGUCUCUAAAGGUGCGGGUAUCCGUAAUCGGCCUGUCAGCAGAGGUCCGGGUGUGUACGGUGCUGACCAGAGAGACAGGCGGCUCGUACCAUGUGAUCCUGGAUGAGAGCCAUUUCAAAGAGCUGCUGAUGCUACAUGUCAAACCUCCUCCUGCCAGCUCCUCAUCUGAAUGCUCUUUAAUCCGCAUGGGUUUUCCUCAGCACACCAUCGCCUCUGUGACUGACCAGGAUGCCAAGCCUUCAUUCAGCAUGUCUCAUUUGGACAGCAGUGGAGAUCCAGGUCUGUCUCUGGGAGGAUACUUCUGUCCACAGUGCCAUGCCACUUACACGGAGCUUCCCGUGGAGUGUAAAGUCUGUGGUUUGACUCUGGUGUCAGCCCCCCAUCUGGCCAGAUCCUUCCAUCACCUUUUCCCCCUCCAAGCUUUUAUAGAGAGUCCAGUAGAGAAGCUCCAAGGAGACAGGUUCUGUCAAGCAUGUCAAGGAGAGCUGAAGGAUAAAAGUACAUUCAACUGUCCAUCGUGUCACAGUGUGUUCUGCGUGGAGUGUGAUCUCUUCAUCCACGAGUCUCUGCACUGCUGUCCCUGCUGUAUUCACAGUCAGACUGCUCCCUGAAGCUCAGACAGAAAACAGAUCGAGCCUUCAUAGAUAGGAUGAAAAUGAGGCAUGCAUGUUUUUCAGUACAAAUGAUUCCGAUGGAGCUUGUCAUUGAAAGCUUUAUAUCUGAAGACCGGCACAAAAUAUGGGAUCAUUUUAGUUGAUCCAUCAUUUGAGGUGAGCGGGUGCUGCGAUGGACCAAAGCUCCUAUAAUUACCUGAGCUACUGCAUUGUUUUCCUUCUGUCAUAAAGCACAUCACUGUAUUAUAUGUAAGAAAUCAUUUGUGUGCAUUGUGAGAACAUGGUUCUAUACUAUAGUUCUGUGACAUGAUAGCUAAACUUAAAGCAGGUGUGGACUGUAUAGUUUGGAUUUAGGGGCUUCACCCACCCCUCAGUCAUUUAGCUUUUUACAUAAUACAGUAAAAACCCUACACAUGUAGGACUGACUUUGACUCACUAUGUUUAAAUGUGGCAACUUUUCAGCUAAAUGAAUAAAAUAUCUUUUUACCAGUA